GAUGUAAGAGCCUUAAUGCUCUACCAACUAGGCCUUGAAAUGACCCCUUACGGGCGAGAAGUUGCACCGAACCCGAGCACACAUUCCGUGUGAUAAUCUGGGCCAGACUAAAUACCUCCACAUGGUUUAUCCGACCCCUGAGAUUGCGGACAACGUUAUCAUUUAUUUACCCUAUAUGUAAAAUAAGAUAAUAAAAAAGAGGAAUGAACCUGCUGGGCUUAUUUCACUGCGAGGGAAAGAGGCAACUACUCGACCCUGGCCUUAUACUGGAGCAAUUCUGAAAGAUGACAUCGGAUAUCAACCAACCGAUCACACUGCCAUGUGGCCUGGUGCUGCAGAAUCGAUUAGUGAAGGUAGAAAUGAAGUCUCCCACCUGGCCUUGGAUGUGGCAGGACAUGAACUCAUAUCCUUUAUGUAGGCUGCUAUGGCUGAGGCUAUGGCCGAUAAGAGCCGCGUGCCUGACCAGAAGUUCACACGGGCUUACGGCGAAUGGGGCAAAGGCAAAUGGGGUGGCCUACUGACCGGAAACAUCCAGGUUGAUCCACGUGACCUAGGAAACUAUUAUGACCUGGCAGUCCGUGAAUCCGGCGUGAGAGAAGAUCAAUUACGUUCCUGGAAGCAAUACGCGGCAGCUUGCCAGGAGCAGGGCACUCCAGCCAUCGCUCAGAUUUGCCACCCUGGCCGCCAGUCCCCCAGAGGUGCAGGCGAACGCGGCGUGUUUGGGACGCCUGUCGCACCCAGCCCGAUUCCGCUCCAAAUAGGAACUGGCUGUGCGGCGUCCAUCAUUAGGAAUAUCGCUUUUGGUGUUCCCAAAGAAAUGACUGUUUCAGAUAUUGAGAGUGUAGUUCAGAAAUUCGUGAACUCUGCCCGGUUCUUGGCAGAAUGCGGUUUUGCGGGUGUUGAGCUCCAUGCUGCUCAUGGUUAUCUUUUGUCACAGUUUUUGUCCCCGAAGAGUAAUAUACGCCAUGAUAAGUACGGUGGCAGCCCUGAAAGACGCGCUCGUAUCGUUCUUGACAUCAUCAAAGAAACCCGUGCCGUGGUGCCUGAGAACUUCUGCAUCGGACUCAAGCUCAACUCUGCGGACCAUAGCGCGUCUGACUUUGAGGACACUAUGACACAGAUUGGCCUCUUCGCAGAGUCUGGAAUAGAUUUUCUUGAGGUAUCGGGAGGAACAUAUGAGGACCCAACGAUGAUGGGUCGUGGCCUACAGGAAGAGACUGCAACCAAGAGUGUCCAGCGUACAGCAGCAAGAGAGGCGUUCUUCUUUGACUUCGCGAAGGAGACAAGGAAACGCUUCCCAGGCCUCAUCCUUAUGCUUACUGGAGGCUUCCGUAGUCGGAGAGGUAUCCAAGCCGCUUUAAAGGGUGGAGCGUGUGACAUUGUCGGCGUCGGGCGCCCGGCAGUUGUUUGUCCCAAUUUCCCCGAAUUAAUGAUGGAUGAGAAGUAUACAGACGAUGAAGCAAACGUUGUUCUAGGAAAGGUACCGACCCCUCUAUGGGCGAGGAUUUUCCAGAUCAGAGUGCUGGGUGGAGGUGCAGAAACGCAAUUUUACGCCGGACAGAUUCAACGUAUGGCUACUGGGUAUGCUACUCAUGCACCUUGAUUCUGGUAUAUACGGCCUUCCACCAGGCAAUUGGCGUUGGAAAAUGUGUGUAGAAUAUUUGCAUCUCGGCAUGUUUAUUGAUACGUCCCCGUUUGUCUGCUGUUCUCAGUAUAUUUAUCUGUUGCUUGAAUACCCAUUUCUAAAUGGUAUAUAAUAUUAUGAGGUAUUAAGUUUGGGAGAAAGAUUAUAAUGAAGACGAAGGUAAACUGGAGACAAAAUGUCAUUGUGG